AUGUUUGGGAGGUCAAUUUUGAGGCGCAGCAAAGAAGCAUGUGGGAUUCGCAAGCUAAGAGGGACGAGGCCUUUCUCUCCUCCUUCUUCCAGCCAACAACCAUUCAAGUUUUUAACCCCUCCCAUCGCCAGCCAUUGCUUUCAUGCUUUUCGAUCCCAUCUUAUUCCCAAGGGUCAUCAUGUGGGAUGCAUCAGGAACUUUUCUAGGAUAGCGUCUGUUAGGGCUGAACAUAAGGAGGGGUUGAAGCUGCUUGUGAUUGGUGGUUCUCAUGCUCGGAAAGUGGUUGGAAUAUGGCUCUUUGGCUCUGCUGCAUGGGUGUUUACUAUGGUGGUACUUGGGGGUGUAACUAGACUCACACGAUCUGGUCUUUCAAUGACUGAUUGGAAAUUCACGGGAAGUCUCCCUCCUUUGUCUGAUGAGGAAUGGUUGCAAGAGUUUGAGAAAUAUAAGCAGUCACCUGAAUACAAGCGUGUCAACAAAGGGAUGAAGAUUGAAGAUUUCAAGUUCAUAUAUUGGAUGGAGUACGCACAUCGUAUGUGGGGAAGGGCGCUGGGACUUAUAUUUGUUUUGCCUUAUUCAUAUUUUCUCCGUAAGGGUUAUAUUACCGUGAGAUUGGGACUGAGACUCUCUGCUCUGUUUGCCAUGGGUGCUGGACAGGGUCUUAUUGGGUGGUGGAUGGUUAAGAGUGGUUUAGAGGAACCACCAUCUGAAUAUUCUCAGCCAAGGGUAAGCCCUUAUCGUCUUGCCACUCACCUUACAUCAGCAUUUGCUAUUUACUGCGGCCUCUUUUGGACUGCACUUUCUGUUGUUAUGCCUGAACCACCAGCUGAAUCACUAACGUGGGUUCGUGGGGCAGCUAAAGUGAAGAGACUUGCAAUGCCUAUCAGCCUACUUGUUGGUCUUACUGCUGUUUCUGGUGCAUUUGUUGCAGGAAAUGAUGCUGGGCAUGCAUUCAAUACUUUUCCAAAGAUGGGUGAUACAUGGAUACCUGAAGACAUUUUUGUAAUGAAGCCUCUGAUUCGAAAUUUCUUCGAGAAUACAUCGACUGUACAGCUUGAUCACCGUAUCCUUGCAACUGCAACUCUGUUUUCAGUGGGCGCUUUAUGGUGGUCAACAAGAAAGCUGGACUUACAUCCUGCAGUACGAUCUGUGCUUGGAAGCAUUGUUGGCAUGGCUUCUCUUCAGGUCACCUUAGGAAUUUCGACGCUUCUUUCAUAUGUACCUGUUUCACUGGGCACUGCACAUCAGGCUGGAGCCUUAACACUUCUGACUUUUAUGAUAAUGCUUAAUCACAUCGUUCGAAAGCCAUCCUCGUCCCUUCUCAAAUCUCUGCCUCAGGUUGUCAAAGCAAACUAAUUGUUUCCCGGUAUUAUAUUGCAACAAGAGUUGGGACUAUUAUUUUUUUAUCCUAAGUUUGGCAUUGAGCUCCUUGUCCAAUGUUCCAUUGUUGGAAUCUUCUUUAUUUGGUUUGUACAUUUGAAGCCUGAAAAUUCAUGAUAAUGCAACUGAUCUGUUAAUUAUAUCAUCUACCAUUUCUGUAAUGUAUGCUGAAAAUAAGUACA